AUUCUUAAUUUUCAUCAACUAAAACUCCAAAAAUAUUAAAUUAUUAUUCACCAUUAUUAUUAUUACAUGGCCUUGCUUUCUCUCCGACAUGCUUCUCUCAUUUUCCUUGUAUUCUCAGUUGCAGUAGUACUAAUGGGUUAUGAAGCAGAAGCAACCAUAUGCCGGAAUAUACUUCCGAGGCUGCCGGGAAAUCCAGAUUGCGAGAUCGGAAUGUGUGGAAAGAUGUGCAAGUUUUUGCAUGAAGGAACCGGAGAAUGUAUUGAUGUUUUUAAACGUUACAAGCAAUGCAUGUGCAGUUGGACGUGCAAGUGAUUGAGCUCUUACAUGAUCAACAAACCCUUAUAAUAAUCAUCAUCUAAUUCUAUAAAAGCCAAAAAAAUAAAACAAAACAAUGCAAAGCAAUGUUUAUAAUCUUUGUUACAGUUUUAUGAUUUUUAUAAGAAGAAUAAAUUAGGAUAUCCAAAGUUAUAACAGAUUUGAGAUAAAUAGUCCGAAUAAGAUAUUUUAUCAGUUUGGUUAAAUAAUUUUGUAGCAGUUUAUAUUUUUUUAUAUAUAUAAUUAGACGGGGAGAACGUUUGUGGGAGUUGGUCGAAUUCACAACCUUAACAAAAUGUUUCUCAGUAUGUUUGUAUCUUUUGAAUUGUAGCUGGUUGGUUAUAGUAAUUUAUGUUAAUUAUAUCAAUUAUGUUGUAAUUUACUUUCAGUUUUAAUAUAUGACAAGUUUAUUAUUUUACA